UAGAAAAAAAAAAAAAAAAAAAAAAAAAAAAAAAAAAAAAAAAAAAAAAAAAAAAAAAAAAAAAAAGAAAAGAAAAAAAUUAAUGGAAACACCCAGGAAGAAAUCAACUGGAGGAUCUAAAGCUCUCCAGAGAUCUCCAGGUUUCUUGUCCAUCUGGUUCUGACAGUAACCUCAUGGGGAAGGUUACUGUCCGUGCGCACGGACAUAUCACUGUAUCACUGACAGGUAAGGGGCACAGCCGAUUCUUAAGGUACCUUUGCAUCCCAACAGCGCGCCCCYCUUUCUCUUGAGGAAGGGGCGAUGCCGUCUCGCCGGGCCCACGGGGCUCUCCGGCGCGCAGGAGGGGACAAUGGGUGCUCGGGAGGAGCGCUGGGCAAGGCCGGGCCAGGGAGGGCACCGCCGGCUCGCCCCGCCGCCAGAGGCACCGGCACGGCAACGGCACCGGCACGGCAACGGCAACAUCGAGGGCAACGGCAACGGCAACGGCAACGGCAACGGCAACGGCAACGGAGGCGAGGGGCAGCGGCGCAGCAUUAAAUCAAAAUGUCGUCAUCGUCAUCGUCAUCAUCACAAUCAUCCUUCUCUUUAACUGUACGUGACUGUACUGCUCCUUCAUUGGACUUUGAUCUUCAGGAAAAGUUUUUAAACAGUAAAAGCAUUGACACUUGGACGCAGAAGCUAAGUGAAAAUGAAAUUCAGAAUACUAGUCUCAGGAAAAAAAUACUUGAAACGGAGAAAGAGAUUCARGAACUUUCAUCCAUGCUUCAGUGCGAAAAAAGAAACAUACAGAGACGAAAACAGCUGUCAAGAUCAGUAAAGGAAGUACAAGUUCACCUGCAGUGUCAGAUUGAAAGAAAAGAAGCAGAAAAUAAUGAAAUAAGAGCGAAAAUACAGACUCUAGAAAAGAAAAUAGCAGAGUGGAAACGCAAAAUUGAAGACUGCAAAAUCCAGAAGUUAGCUUUAAAGGAAACAAGUGAGCAAAAGAAGAUUGCUCUGAAAAAAGCAAUAAGGUCCCAGGAACAAAGAGCUCAGCGCUUUGAAGCAGCUGUGAAAGAUCUAACCUCUAAAAUAAGAGAACAUGAAGUCAAACUGUGUGAGAUAUUGUCAGCUUCUGAUGUCUGGAAAAAAAGGCAUGAUAGAAUAGUAGAAGAAAAGACAAUUCUAGAAGUUCAAAUACAAGAUCUUGAGAAACAGAUCACAGGCCUGACAGAACACAUUGAAAGAAGGGAGAAAUGGAGAAGAAACUCAGAGGAGGAAAUUCUUAGAAACCUAAAUUCUGUUAACUCUGAAAAUGAGAAGAUUUACCUUGAAAACAGAAACUUAGAGGCUUCCCUUGCUGCAUUGGAGAAAAGUACAAUUUCUGUUGCAUAUGAGUUGGUGCAUCUGCAAAAAAAAGCAAAGCUGCAAGAAAACCUCGUAGAUCAGCAUAAAAAUGAGGUACAAAAAAGACAAAUUGAAGUAGAAGAAUUGAAAUCCAGAUAUGGAACAGUCUUAAAUGAAAACAAAAMAAUAACAGAAAACAAAUGCUUAGAAAUAGAUAAGGUGAGGGAGAAAAUGGAGGCUGAGUUAAAGGAUUUAAAACAUGCUUGUGACUUGCUGAAAGCAGCUGAGGAAAAGCAGCAAAAGCUUAUGUCCUGGGAAAAGAUCCGUGCACAGAAAUGCAAACCCCUCAGGGAGCUCGAGGUUCAGGAUAACCACAGUGUAGUUCCUAUAGGCAAUCUUUGCCUAGAAGAAGACAACUGUAACAUUCAGAAGAAAUAUGAAGAUCUUACAAGGAAAUUAGGAGAGAUGGAAUUUCAGAAUGAAGAACUUGCUUGUCAGCUCAAAAAAGGAGAUGAGAGUCUUCAAUGGAGUAAAUUGCAGCUUGAAGAAAAAAUUGCAGAAUAUAAUUCAUUAGCCAGACAACUUGAAUUUGCUUUGGAAGAUGGGAGAAAAACGGUAGCUGAAAUACAGGAAAAAAUGUCUUGCAAAGAGCAAGUCUUUCAGGCAAAACUGCUACUUCUUGAAGCUGAAGUGAAAAAGAGGCAAGAAGAAAAAAAACAAUUCCUCUACUUAUUUCACCAUAAUGAAAAGCACCAUGAAGCACAUUUGAAAGAGCUGGAGAACAGCUUACAGAAGUCAGAAUACCAGAACGAGAGYAUGCAGAAUUAUGUGCAGUUUUUGAAAGAUGCAUAUGUAACAAUGUUUGGCUGAAUUUUAAAAUCUAUUUUGUAGUGAAGAAACUUGUCAAGAGUUGGCUCCCAGUCUUGUUGGAAGCUCUUGAGGUCUUACACUAUUUUGCCGGAUUGAGUUCUAUAUGGUUAAUUCUUCUCUAGAAAAGCAUCUGCUGUGGGCAGGAGAAGGCAGGUCAGUCAUUAUAAAAAUCCUACUGGCUGGUCACAUGUGGGAAAUUGAGCUGAUAUUAUUGAUAUAAGCAAUUGCAUUAUCCAAGGCACAGCAGUGYAAAGGCUGAGUGUGUGACAGUAGUGGCAGGUGUGCAGGUGAGGGGUACACACACAAAACUGGUCCUGGGCUGUAAAUGUCCUGGGCUGUAAAAUGUUAUAUGUGUCCUUUUAGUCCAUGGUAAAUGCRGGUGAUCACAGGUUAUCUUUCAAUUCAGUGCUAUCUAACCUAUAAAGACAGGCUAAAAUUUAGAUCAUUAGGUUCUUUCCCUUUUUUCCCUGCAGUUUUGCACCACUAUUGCACACGCUGCUGCACUACAUGGGUGAGUUGCCACCACAAGGCUGUCCCAUCCAGUCUUUUUCCUCUACAUGUCACUAUGCUCAGGAAUAUACUAUAGUAACAAUUUAUAAAUAUGAGAUAGGAAAAUAUUUUAAAUAUUAUAAAUACAGGUAUAGUUUAAAGUCUUAAUGUGCAGAUACAACCAAAUGACACAGCCCCAGUAAGAUAUUUAAGUAUUUGUCUGAGUUCAAGAGCUGCUGUUGAGUAAAACUGAUUUGUGCCUCAGGUAAAACAUGUGUAAAUAUUCAGCUGAUAUGGGACUAAUACAAAAAACAAUUCUGAAUUUAGUUUGAAUUUUAAAUUCUAAUUGGUUUUGUAGAUAUAUGCUGGGAUAUGUUUUUGGAAAAGUAAUACAUUCACUUAAAUAUAUGUGAUUUACAAGGUGUACUUAAAUAAUAUAUACUUUUUGACUGAAAACAUCAAUUAGUUCAUGCAUGGACAAUACCUGUCCUAGAUCACUGUUAGUUAUUAGUAAAGCGUUAAAUACUGACUUUUUUUGUCUUUCRCAAGUGCUUAUCCAUCCUAACAAAUACUGACAUGUGCUAAUGAUCUGCUUCUGUGAACUUUUUAAAAAUAAAAUUAUCAUUUAUUAGAUGUGACAUG